CCAUCCUCAGCAUAUAAAAUGCAGCUGUAGCUCUGCAGGAGGCAGAAAAGGAUCGUUUAGUGCAUCACUAAACUGACAACAAUUUUCCCCAAAUCGAUUUGAGGGCCGGACGAUGCAUGCAUGCGUAAUGCUGUGCAAUGGCGUUUCAUCUGUCUAUCCUUGCCGCAUGGUGAUGGUUGUUGACCAGCCCUGCUGCACUGAUGGCCAGGAAUCAAACAACUAGUCAGUCGAUCGUUCUAUUUAUCCGGUCUGCUCAGUGACUGCGUGAUCCGAUUGAUCUCCAAUCCAGUUAUAGUUAGUUAGUUACAGUAGUUAGUUGAGGGAGAAGAGGGGGAAUUAAGCGAUCGAUCGAUGAGCAACAUGCUGGGGGCACGCCGCCGCCUGGGCCUCGUGCAUGUGGUCCUGGUGCUCUUCGCCGCCGCGCUCCUCGUCGCCGACGCCGGCGUGACGAGCUCGUACCGGCGGAAGCUGGAGGCGACGGUGGAGAUGCCACUGGACGCCGACGUGUUCGGCGUCCCGCUGGGCUACAAUGCCCCGCAGCAGGUGCACAUCACGCUGGGCGACAUUGAGGGCACGUCGAUGAUCGUGUCGUGGGUGACGGCCAAUGAGCUGGGCAGCAGCACCGUCUUUUACAGCGAGGCCUCGCCGGACCCGUACAUGAUGGAGCUCUGGGCGGAGGGCACCCACACGCGCUACAACUACUUCAACUACACUUCCGGCUUCAUCCACCACUGCAACCUCACAAACCUCAAGUAUGGCACCAAGUACUACUACGCCAUGGGGUUCGGCCACACGGUGAGGAGCUUCAGCUUCACCACGCCUCCCAUGCCGGGUCCUGAUGUGCCCUUCAAGUUCGGCCUCAUUGGGGACCUGGGCCAGACGUUCGACUCCAACACGACGCUGUCGCACUACGAGGCGAACGGCGGCGGCGCGGUGCUGUACGUCGGCGACCUCUCGUACGCCGACAACCGCCCGCUGCACGACAACACCCGGUGGGACACGUGGGCGCGGUUCGUGGAGCGCAGCGCGGCGCACCAGCCGUGGGUGUGGACGGUGGGCAACCACGAGCUGGACCUGGCCCCGGAGCUGGGCGAGCCGGUGCCGUUCAAGCCCUUCGCGCACCGGUACCCGACGCCGCGCCGCUUCGCGCCGGCGGCGGCGGCGCCGCCGUUCUGGUACUCGGUGCGGAUCGCCUCCGCGCACGUCAUCGUGCUGGCCUCCUACUCCGCCUACGGCAAGUACACGCCGCAGUGGAAGUGGCUGCGCGGCGAGCUGGCGCGCGUGGACCGCGCCGCCACGCCGUGGCUGAUCGUGCUCGUGCACUCGCCGUGGUACAGCAGCAACGGGUACCACUACAUGGAGGGCGAGACGAUGCGGGUGCAGUUCGAGCGGUGGCUGGUCGCCGCCAAGGCCGACCUCGUCGUCGCCGGGCACGUCCACGCGUACGAGCGCAGCCACCGCGUGUCCAACGUCGCCUACGACAUCGUCAACGGCAAGUGCACGCCCGUCCGGAGCAGGGACGCGCCCGUCUACGUCACGGUGGGCGACGGCGGCAACAUCGAGGGCGUCGCCGAUAACUUCACGCAGCCGCAGCCCGGGUACUCGGCGUUCCGGGAGGCCAGCUUCGGGCACGCCACCUUGGAGAUCAUGAACCGGACGCACGCCUACUACGCGUGGCACCGCAACCAGGACGGCGCCAUGGUCGUCGCCGACGGCGUCUGGUUCACCAACAGGUACUGGAUGCCCACUGAUGACGACGACACCAGCUGAUUGAGUGAUGAUGACAUGCAUGACAGCCAUCGUCAUCACCGGCCGGAUCUGACUGAGUCGGGUGGUAGUCAGAGGCGCGCGUUCUUCAUCAGGUGCAGAAUCAUUCAAUAUAUCUCAUCUUGCGUCGUUCUUGAUCGGUUCGAUUCAGUUGUCAUCCUUUGAUGAUAUUUGUGUCCGCCGUAAACUUUCAAGUGUAUAACAAGAUUUCAAAGACCUGUGUAGCAACUUCAUCUUUGUGUUCUCCAAAUUCUUGUUUGGUGGAAUUAUGAUAAAAAAAAAUGCUACCAUUG